GUCCCAGUCCUCAGACACGAGUCUCGCGGCCACAGCAAAGCCCCCUCGGAGGCGGCCGGACAGAGCCCUGACCGUCGGACCGACGACGGAGUCCCAGAGAGCAGGGCGGAUGGACACCUUCAGCACCAAGAGCCUGGCCCUCCAGGCCCAGAAGAAGCUCCUGAGCAAGAUGGCAUCCAGGGCGGUAGCGGCCGCGUUCAUCGACGACACCAGCAGCGAGGUGCUGGACGAGCUGUACCGCGCCACCAAGGAGUUCACCCGCAGCCGCAAGGAGGCCCAGAAGGUGGUCAAGAACCUGGUCAAGGUGGCCGUGAAGCUGGGUGUCCUGCUGCGCAGCGGGCAGCUGGGCGGCGAGGAGCUGGCGCGGCUGCAGCGCUUCCGGCAGCAGGCCCGCCGCCUGGCCAUGACCGCCGUCAGCUUCCACCAGGUGGACUUCACCUUCGACCGGCGCGUCCUGGCCGCCGCCCUGCUUGAGUGCCGGGACCUGCUGCACCAGGCAGCGGGCGCGCACCUGACCGCCAAGUCCCACGGCCGCAUCAACCACGUGUUCGGCCACCUGGCUGACUGCGACUUCCUCGCCGCGCUCUACGGCCCGGCUGAGCCCUACCGCUCCCACCUGCGCAGGAUCUGCGAGGGUCUCACCCGGCUGCUGGACGAGGAGAGCAUAUGACCUCCGACCUGACCUCCGACCUCCUCGUUCCGGCUUCCC